GGCCUUGAGGCGCGGCUCCGCCCAACGGCGGAGUAGGGGUAGGAGAUGGAGUAGAGCCGCCGCGCUGGGGUGGUGGGCCUUGAGGUCUGAACAAGGGCCCGGGAGGUGUCGCCGCCGCUCCGGAAAGGGCAGGGAGUGAAACUAUGUAGCGUUUUAAGAGACUCGCUUGGCCCCAUCUGAAGUCCAUAUGGCUCUGUAUGAUGAAGAUCUCCUGAAAAAUCCUUUCUAUCUGGCUCUUCAAAAGUGGCGUCCUGACUUGUGCAACAAGGUGGCCCAGACCCAUGGCAUUAUCUUAGUACCCUGCAAAGGAAGCCUGUCAAGCAGUGUUCAGUCUACCUGUCAGUUUGAGUCCUACAUUUUGAUCCCCGUGGAGGAACACUUUCAGACCUUAAAUGGCAAGGAUGUCUUUAUCCAAGGAAACAGGAUUAAACUAGGAGCUGGUUUCGCCUGUCUUCUGUCAGUGCCCAUUCUCUUCGAAGAGACUUUCUACAAUGAAAAAGAAGAAGGUUUCAGCAUACUCUGUAUAGCCCAUCCUUUGGAAAAGAGAGAGAGUUCAGAAGAACCUUCAACAUCUUCAGAUUCCUUUUCCCUAAAAACCAUCGAAGAUGUGAGAGAGUUUUUGGGAAGACAUGCGGAGAAAUUUGACAGGAAUAUCGCCUCUUUCCAGCGAACGUUCAGAGAGUGUGAAAGAAAGAGCCUCCGUCAUCACAUAGACUCCGUGAAUGCUCUCUACACCAAAUGCCUCCAGCAGCUCCUGAGGGACUCCCACCUGAAAGUGCUUGCCAAGCAGGAGGCCCAGAUGAACCUGAUGAAACAGGCGGUAGAGAUGUACGUCCAGCAUGAUAUUUAUGAUCUGAUCUUUAAAUACGUGGGGACCAUGGAGGCAAGCGAGGAUGCUGCCUUUAACAAAAUCACAAGAAGCCUUCAAGAUCUUCAGCAGAAGGAGAUCGGUGUGAAGCCUGAGUUCAGCUUCAACAUACCUCGUGCAAAGAGGGAGCUGGCUCAGCUGAAUAGAUGCACCUCACCGCAGCAGAAGCUGGCUUGUUUGCGAAAGGUGGUGCAGCUGAUCACCCAGUCUCCUAGCCAGAGAGUGAACUUGGAGACCAUGUGUGCUGACGAUCUGCUAUCAGUCCUGUUAUAUUUGCUUGUGAAAACAGAGAUCCCGAAUUGGAUGGCAAAUUUGAGUUAUAUCAAAAACUUCAGGUUUAGCAUCUCGGCCAAGGAUGAAUUGGGAUACUGCCUGACCUCAAUCGAGGCUGCGAUUGAAUAUAUCCGGCAGGGAAACCUCUCCGUCAAGCCACCGGAGUCUGAGGGAUUUGGCGACAGACUGUUCCUGAAGCAGAGAAUGAGCUUGCUGUCUCAGAUGACUUCAACUCCCAUUGACGGCCUGUUUCAGCACAUCGCAGCAGGUGACCAGAAAGAAGUGGAGAGACUUCUGAGCCAAGAAGACCAAGAUAAAGAUGCCGUCCAAAAGAUGUGUCACCCCCUGUGCUUCUGUGAUGAGUGUGAGAAACUCGUCUCCGGGAGGCUGAAUGACCCCUCAGUGGUCACUCCGUUCUCCAGAGACGACAGGGGUCAUACACCACUCCAUGUGGCUGCCCUCUGUGGGCAGGCAUCCCUCAUCGACCUUCUGGUUUCCAAGGGCGCGGUGGUGAACGCCACGGACUACCACGGCUCGACCCCGCUUCACCUUGCGUGUCAGAAGGGCUAUCAGAGUGUGACGCUGCUGCUCCUGCACUACAAAGCCAGCCCCGAAGUGCAGGACAACAACGGCAACACGGCCCUGCACCUGGCCUGCACGCAUGGCCAUGAGGACUGCGUGAAGGCCCUGGUCUACUAUGACGUGCAGUCGUGCAGACUGGACAUCGGUAACGAGAAAGGAGACACCCCCUUGCACAUCGCCGCCCGCUGGGGUUACCAGGGCAUCAUCGAGACAUUGCUGCAAAAUGGAGCGUCUACAGAGAUCCAGAACAGGCUGAAGGAAACGCCUCUCAAGUGUGCGUUAAACUCAAAGAUUCUGUCCAUAAUGGAAGCCCAUCACCUGUCCUUCGAGAGGAGGCAGAAGUCUUCGGAGGUGAGUGAGCGGGGCUGCGUGUAUCGGCCGUGUUUGAGCGCAGCCUGUCUCUGGCCCUCACCUCUGUCCCGGCGUCCGGCUCCCUUGCCGCAGGCGCCCGCGCCGCCCCCUCCGCGCCCCGUGGACUCCGUCAGCCAGGGGUCCUCCGCCUCCAGCUUCUCCUCCAUGUUGGCGAGCCCCAGACAAGAGGACCCCAAGAAGGACUUCAGGGAGGUAGAAAAACUUUUAAGAGUGGUUGCUGAUGGAGAUCUAGAAAUGGUACGUUACCUCUUUGAGUGGACAGAGGAGGACCUGGAUGAAGUGGAGGAGGCUGCUGGCGCAGUGGAUGUUGAAUUUUGUCACCCCUUGUGCCAGUGCCCCAAGUGUGCUCCAGCUCAAAAGAAGCUGGCAAAGAUUCCUGCCAGUGGGCUCAGUGUGAAUGUGACCAACCAGGAUGGCUCCUCCCCACUGCACGUGGCUGCCCUGCACGGCCGGGUGGACCUGGUCCUCCUCCUCUUGAAGCACGGUGCCCGGGUGGGGGCCAGAGACGCCAGCCAAGCUGUCCCCCUUCACCUGGCCUGCCAGAACGGCCACUUCCAGGUGGUGAAGUAUCUGUUAGAUUCUAACGCAAAACCCAAUAAGAGGGAUAUAAGUGGAAACACACCCCUCAUUUACGCCUGUUCCAGAGGCCACCACGAGGUCGCGGCCCUGUUGCUGCAGCACGGGGCCUCCAUCAACGCUGCUAACAGCAAGGGCAACACAGCGCUGCACGAGGCUGUGAUAGAAAAGCACGUCUUUGUGGUGGAGCUGCUGCUGCUGCAUGGAGCAUCAGUUCAGGCCUUGAACAAGAGGCAAUGCACGGCUGUAGACUGUGCCGAACAGAAUUCAAAAAUAAUGGAAUUACUUCAAGUGGUACCAAGCUGUGUGGCCACAUUAGAUGAUGCUGGCGAAACAGACCACAAGGAGUACGUUACUGUUAAGAUCAGGAAAAAAUGGAACUCAAAAAUGUAUGAUCUACCAGAUGAACCUUUUACAAGACAGUUUUACUUUGUCCACUCAGUCGGUCCGUUUAAGGGAAGGACUUCGAGGGAGAUUAUGUCCAGAGAUAGAAGUGUCCCUAAUUUUACUGAAGAGUCUCCGCAGGAGCCAGGGAAGCAGAGUUCCCCACAGAAGCAGAAUAACCUGCCGGACCAGGGCAGACCUCAGACUGCUGACAGAGGAAAUGGGGACCAGCUGGAGAGGCCUGGACUGAGACAGCCUGCUCCUGGGAACAGGCGAAUGCUCCGGAGACACACAGUCAAUGAUGCCGUUGUCCCCAAGGGCCCGGAGACUGCUGGCAACCUGACCACUCCCCCAAGAGGCUAGCAUUUCCCAGUCUUAACGGUAAUUAAAGAAUCAUCUGCUGCCAGAAGUGAGUCCUCAACAAGAUGCCAAGCAUGAAUACAGCUUAGAACUAAGUGUACUUUCUCUUUGGCUUGAGAGAAAGGAAAGUUCUGGAAAGCUUUUCUGUGGCUGAUGGAAAGAAUGCAACAACAAAAAAUUAUCACCAUUUCUUUCCUCUUUAAAACUAAUGAAUACACUUGAAAAGGAAUGGACAAAAAUUCCGGUGGUGUCCCGACCCUUAAGACCAGGCUGUAUGCUUCUCAAGUAAUUAUUAAGGUUUCCUUGGUUACAGUGAGAGGUUCCAUCACCAGAUUCUGACCUCCUACUGAAAGGUGCUAAACCUCUGUGACGUGUAUAAACUAGCAAACCACAAGCUAAAAGAAAUCCUCCCUCUGGGAUAAGCUGAAGAAAAGCAAUUUAGGUUUCUUGAUACUGUGGAGGCCGGGCAGAAAUGCUGCAUUUGAAUGAAGGAAAUAGGACCUGAAAAAUGUCCCUUUGCAAAGCAACACUUGAACCCAAAGAUGCCUAAAUGCCAUUUUGAUGUUCACUUUAGUGAGAAGGACACAUAUGAUGACACGUUCUACACUAUGUAUGUGGGGAAAGCUGGGUAUAUUUUUCCUUCCAACAAAGUACAGAUGACUGACCACUGCACGUACGCACCUGGAGCAGUGUCUCUAGAAACUUCCCGUUCCGUUAAGAGCCUCCCUUUCUUUAAUGUCACACCUGAUGGAUGGUUACUGAACUAGAAAGUAGACUUGGCACAUCUUUUCUUAAGUCUUUUGAUUCAGAUUCAAAACUUACAGCACAAACCAGGUCAAAGUUUAAGUUAGGAUUUAUUGCCAUUUAUUCCUUUUUAUAAAUUUCUAUAGAUUUUACUCUUAUUUUUUUAUGUUAUUAAUUGGUCUAGAGCUGCAAACACGGAUUUGUCCUGAGUACAUUUUCAAAUAACUUUGUAAUAGGGAAAUGGUUUUGUGCACGUUCUUGGAAAUACUUGCGUAUGUACAGAAGGGAGGGGCUGAUUAUUUUUCUACAAAGUAAUUUAUGAUUUUUAAUUUUCUAAUGUGCCUUGGAUAUGUGCCAAAUGAUGGGAAAGAAACAGUAAACUUUAUGAUUCUU